UUUGGCGGCGGCGGCGGCGGGGGCGGGGGCUGCGAGGCGCUGGGACUCGGCGAGUGAGUGCUGUCACCAUGAGCCCGCUGUGAGACGCAGGCAGCGCCGAAGCGGUGAACUUCUUCACCAUGAACCUCAGGGGCCUCUUCCAGGACUUCAACCCCAGUAAAUUUCUCAUCUAUGCCUGUCUGCUGCUCUUCUCUGUGUUGCUGGCCCUUCGUCUGGAUGGCAUCAUUCAGUGGAGCUACUGGGCUGUCUUUGCUCCAAUAUGGCUGUGGAAGUUAAUGGUUAUCAUUGGAGCCUCAAUUGGAACUGGAGUUUGGGCACGCAAUCCUCAGUAUCGAGCAGAAGGAGAAACAUGCGUGGAGUUCAAAGCCAUGUUAAUUGCGGUGGGCAUCCACCUGCUUCUGCUGAUGUUCGAAGUCCUGGUUUGUGACAGGAUCGAGAGAGGAAGCCACUUCUGGCUCCUGGUCUUCAUGCCACUCUUCUUCGUGUCCCCAGUGUCUGUGGCAGCUUGUGUCUGGGGCUUUCGACAUGACAGGUCACUGGAGUUAGAAAUCCUGUGUUCUGUCAACAUUCUCCAGUUCAUAUUCAUUGCCUUAAGACUGGACAAGAUUAUCCACUGGCCCUGGCUUGUCGUGUGUGUCCCGCUGUGGAUUCUCAUGUCUUUCCUGUGCCUGGUGGUCCUCUACUACAUCGUGUGGUCCGUCCUAUUCCUGCGCUCCAUGGACGUGAUUGCAGAGCAGAGGAGGACACAUAUCACAAUGGCCCUGAGCUGGAUGACAAUUGUUGUGCCUCUCCUCACUUUUGAGAUUCUGCUGGUUCACAAGCUGGAUGGUCACAAUGCCUUCUCCUGUGUCCCAAUAUUUGUCCCCCUAUGGCUGUCACUGAUCACGCUCAUGGCCACCACAUUUGGACAGAAGGGAGGAAACCACUGGUGGUUUGGUAUUCGCAAAGACUUCUGUCAGUUUCUGCUUGAAAUCUUUCCGUUUCUGCGAGAGUAUGGAAACAUCUCCUAUGACAUCCAUCAUGAAGAUAAUGAGGAAAUGGAAGAGACCCCAGUUCCAGAACCUCCUAAGAUUGCUCCCAUGUUUCGGAAGAAGACUCGAGUAGUUAUCACCCAGAGCCCUGGAAAGUAUGUGCUCCCACCUGCUAAGUUAAAUAUUGAAAUGCCAGAUUAGAUGCCACUUGCUGGGACAGACUGAUGUGGCUGAACUGAACACACUUUCUAUCUCUUCCUGCCUCUGCCUUUGUGUUCACCCUCAGCUGGAGCUGGAGCUGGAGCUGGAGCUGGGUCUCCAGGGAUCUCCAUCUUCUGCCUGUUUGCACUCAGUGCUGGCUAGUGACCCACAGGGGCAGUGGGGACAGUGUCUGGGGAUGACUGGAUCUGGGGAGUGUGUGAGGAGGGAGAAGGCAUCCUUCCUCCAGGUAGGCCACUGUCAGAAAUAUACAGGAAGCCAGAGGAGAAAUUGCUUCUCAAAGUGCUAAAGGGCCUACUUGUCACACGUAUUAACCCCUUGAUGUAUUUCUCCUCCGGGCCAGCCUGGAUGCGCAGCUCAGGGUUCCCUGUGGGGGGACUGGGGAAGAGCUGUGAACUCUGCCCCUACCACGUACUCCGCCCCUGUGUGUGCACACCAGCCAUCACUGUGCAAGUUCCCACAGCAGCAUGUGACAGCAGUUCCUCCCAGUUCUCUCAUGGAGUGACUCUGUGCCUGUAUAGUAUUUAUACAACUCUUUUAGCAUUGUAAUAUGCCUCGUUCAUGCCUCUUCCUUUCUUUACUGUAUAUCCUGGGAAAGUAUUUUUGUACAAGCUUAGAAGGGGAGGAGGGGAAGAAAUGUGUUCAAUUGCAGAAGUCAAACUUGCUGGCACACUUUCCCCAUCCCCAAGGGUGCCAUGCCUCCUGAGGAGAUGGCCUUCCCCCCAAGUCUCUCCACAUACACAGUAUAUCCACUGCCAGAACCUCCACAGUGAAUACGGGAUGGUUGGGGCCUUCCUGACAUUCUGGAGACAACCUUAAGCUCUGAACCCUGCUUUAACUAGACCUGGAGAAGGCCAGAUACUGACAGUGGGCUAUGUGUAUGUCAAGGUCUGACACUAUUAUCUGCUCCCCCACUCCCCAGCACAAGGUGACCUGGCCAGGUUCCGUGCUUCAAGGGCUGCAGGUACAGCCACAGUCAGAGGGGAAGACACCAGACCCUACCGGACAGGGGCUUCUGCUCAGAAGCACAUGGCCAUUUGUGAGGAUGUGGAGGACCCUGCUGUCCUCAUCCACCAAAAAGAGGAACUGGCCUCAAGUGCAAGCAGGAGUCAUCUCCCAUACAUGUGGCUAUACCCUAGCACCGGCCUCCAGCAUGCCCAUUCUGCCUGGGGACAUGGGGACAUUUAGAAUGGUGUCACCUUUCCUGCUUGGUGUGUCACAAAUGUAGCCAAAUGCUCUCUCUUUGGUCCUUUCAGCUGUUCAAUAAACUGGCUCCUCCUUUUC